UGCUAUAACACCAUCAUUUCCAUUUGGAGAUGAAUAAAGUAUUCUAUCUAUCUCUUGUUAUCAAUAUAACUUUCCAUUCAGGACAGGGUCCAUGUGGUCUGUGGCAAAUAUAGGCCACACCUGUAAUCUGCUUACACACAUGCUCAGGCUACUCGAACGGUAGCCUAUGGCUCUAGUCAGACUUGCUUUGGCUUGCCUCUCUUCAUUUGGACAACAAAUGGAAAAUAUACUCUAACAAUUAGUUCUGAGCAAUGCUAUUGGACAUUUUAGGCUAGCCCACAAUUCUUGCAAAUAGAAAUAGGGAAAAAAAGAGAAAAAAGUAUUUGGUAGAAGAGUUGGACUACCAUUGCAAAAAAGGCUGUGAAAGAGAUGACAUCAUAAAGGCACAUUCUAAAAGGACUCCUUAAAUCCUGAGGUUAUUUGUUAUGCUCAGAAGUGAUGAUGAAUGACCAAAAGUUCAGAUGCCUCUUGGAUGGCAUAAUACGCGAGGAGGUGAAGAGAUACAUCACCAAUCGCGAGACGAUUAUGAAGUCCUGGGUCAUGGAAUGGACUGAGAAAGGUCAGCAGUACAAUAGGGAAGACAUGGAGCUCCUGAGAGAGGAGAUGGAAAUCCUGAAGAAGAAGGCCGUCCUGCCUCAUAGACAAGACUGGAGGACCGGACUAGAGAAAGUCUGGGUGAGCGAGGAGAAGGAGGAGUGUGUAAGAGAGAGGAGAAAGAUGGCUGAUCGAGAGAACGAGAGAAAGAGAGAGAUGGACAACGAGAGAGUGCGGAUGACGAUGCGUGUCGAGGACCUGGAGAGGCUGGUCAGAGAGCUGGAGAGGAGGCUGCGGGAGAGACAUGCGUCGGAAUAUGUGUCGGGGCAUGGCCAGGAGGACCGACUGCGACAGAUGGAGGCGAUGUUCUUACGGAAGCUGGAGAAACUGGAGCAGACGCUGGACACAAGGGUCAUAAUCACCAAAGAGGAAAAUAAUACAUAUAUGAUGGAGGCGUGGGCUAAGAAUGCUUCUGGUGAGGGGCACAAUGAUGAGAAGCUCCCACCAACCAAACCACCGGUGGUGGGGAAGGGAGAAUCUGCUGAAAUAAUGGCGCGCCUGCAAAAAACUGAAAGAGCCAUUAAGGAGAUGGAUGUUCGGAUAAUGGAGAAAGACAAGAUACUUAAGGAUAAAGAAAUUCAGAUGAUGAGGAAAGACCAGAUUCUGAGGGAUAUGGAACUUCAGAUGAAGAAGAAAGACCAGAUUCUCAAGGAUAUGGCAUUUCAGAUGAAGGAGAAAGAUGAGCUACUGCAACGUCAAGGGGCAGAGUACAGAUCCAAGUUGGAGAUGAUUGAGCAGCAAGUUAGGGAGUUGACCGCUGCGAAUUCCACACGAAACAAACAGUGGUGCAGCUCGGUGGCCAGCCUGAGGACCAACAUGGAUGAUGAGACCACUGAUGAGGAGCGCCAGUCAUGGACGAGCACCGGAUUGGGCAGCAGUUGCUCAAAAAGGAGAAAUGGGAAGAGCAGGAAGGUGGCGGCUCGGAGGAGUGCCAAGACCAGGAGCCCUCGAGAGAGCAACACGGAGAGGAUGAGGAGCAGCAGGAGUCAGCAGUGCGACACGUCGGCAGACAGCGACAUCAGUAGCAUUGCCAGCGCCGAGCCAAGGAGCUUGGCUGAGAAGAGUAUGGCAGCCAGUGAGCGUGUCAGUGAGCGCUUGGCCGACAGCAGGCCGCAGACACGCACCAGCCUGGACAAGACCUCUGUGGGCUCCGCCGCGUCCCUGGCUAAAGUCGCUCUCGGAGCUGAUGCGGGUCAAGGAGAGAAGGGGAAGUCUUGGAAGCGUGCCUUUGGCGGCUUGUUUAAAAAGAAAACAUAAAAGUAAAGCAAACAUUGGAAGAAUUUUUUUUUUUGUGGCUUGUAUGAGCUUUCUAAAGCUUCAUUAAAUGUUCACCUUCACAGUAUUGGAGUUGGAAUAACAUUUAUUUAAAACAAAAUAAAAAGUAACUAAAACUCUCCAUGUGGUGGUGUUUUCCUCUAUUGUUGUACUGACUCAUCCACUCAGAAAUAGGGCAAGGAGGACCAAGAGAAAACAAAACAAAACAAAACAAAACAAAACAGCAAUUUACCAGAGAGAGAAAAUCACAAGUGCAUUCAUGAGCUACGAGCAAAAAAAAAAGUUUUUCCUUUCAGCCAGACCUUAAGUAAGAAUAAACCUAUCCUUGCCUUCAAUAAAAUACAGCACUGCCACCUCCCUCCCCUGCCCAGGGAACAGAUUGUGGGAUGAAGCCCCCUUCAGUAUUAAUAUUCUUCUGUGCAGCCACUCCUCAACAAAUAAUGUGAAUGGGGCGGCUGUCUGCUGCCCUAUUAGGCCAUCUCUGCAUCCCUCAUUAUGCUUUAUAAAUCAAGCAGAUGAGAAGAGAAAGAGAUAGAUAAAGAGAGAGGGAGGGAGAGAGAGGGAGAAGAGAAAGCAAGGG